CUUUGUUAGAGAGUGAGUACUUAGCUCUCAGUCAUCUUGGUAGGUGAAGUUCCUUUCUGGUUGGAUUGUUAACACUGGGAACUCUCCUGUUUAGCUUCAUCUGAACCAUCUGAACCAACCAUACCUCCACUGGCCACUAUUUGUGUCUACCUCCCUUUGUCCAGAUAAAGAAAGAAGAGGCUUAAGGACCUGCCAUAGCCUAGCCAGGAGCAGUUUUCGGGAGCACAAUUUGAAAAACCAUCAAGUCUGACCCCAAGAGCUUGCAGUAGAGAGAGGAAACGCAAGGAAGCAACGUGUCCAGGAUCACCCUGAACUGAAGAAAUGUCAACAAUUGGGAGUUUUGAAGGAUUCCAGCCGGUGUCCCUGAAGCAAGAGGGAGAUGACCAGCCCUCUGAAACUGAUCACCUGUCCAUGGAGGAGGGAGACCAAGACAAGACCCCUGUGCUGAGGGAAAUCUCAAGACAGUCAAGUGUGACUAAAUCAACACUUCUCCCCAAUCCUUAUCACCAACCUUAUAUCUCAAGGAAGUACUUCGUUACAAGGCCAGGGGCCAUUGAGACUGCCUUGGAAGAUUUGAAAGGCCUCAUAACUGAGACUUCUGAAGAGACCAUUCAAGGCUUCUGGCUCCUGACUGAGAUAGACCACUGGAACAACGAGAAGGAGAAGAUUCUGCUGGUCACAGACAAGACUCUUUUGGUCUGCAAAUAUGACUUCAUCAUGCUCAGCUGUGUGCAGGUGCAGCGGAUUCCCCUGAGUGCUGUGUAUCGUAUCUGCCUGGGCAAGUUUGUCUUCCCUGCCAUGUCACUGGACAAGAGACCUGGAGAGGGCCUUAGGAUCUACUGGGGGAGUCCAGAGGAGCAGUCCCUGUUGUCCCGCUGGAACCCGUGGUCCACUGAGGUUCCUUAUGCUACCUUCACUGAACACCCAGUGAAAUAUACCAGUGAGAAGUUCCUGGAAAUUUGCAAGUUGUCUGGGUUCACAUCGAAGCUUGUUUCAGCUAUCCAGAAUGCCCAUAAGAAUUCUACUGGAUCUGGAAGAGAAAAAGGAUUGACAGUGUUAACCCGACCCAUUUUGAUUGAGACCUACACAGGGCUGAUGUCAUUUAUUGGGAAUCGCAACAAACUUGGCUAUUCUCUUGCCCGUGGGAGUAUUGGUUUUUGAGACACUUUUGGUACAUAUGUACAUCAUCCAUAAAUAUGCCAUUAUUGAAGAUUUUGCUUCAGUCCACUGUAUUUUUGGACUGAAACACUUAGUACUUUUAGAUAAUACUAUAUGACUUUGAAUAUUUAAUAUUUCAGGAAAACUGAAAGCUUGAUUGACCUGAUAGAUGCACAUUUAAGGUCUCACAAAAAUGAUCAAAUUUUAUUAAAACUGGAAAAUAAAUUUUGCUUAAACCAUCAAGUAAUGUUAUCAGAUGAGUUUCGCCUGAACAUAAACUCUGAGCAGACCCUCUGGUUUAUUUUUUCUCCUGCUCAGUAUAUGUGGGAAUUUAUCAGGUUCUGGUCUUCAACCUUCUGAUCCCUUUGUAUUCCCCAUUAGUUCUCACUGGCUCUAUUAUUGUAGCUAUCACUUUUAUGAAGAUGACUUCCAAAUCCUUAUCCAUAUCCUCAGUAUUUACACCAGGAUUCAGUUUCACAUUUCUGUCCACCAAUCAUGUACAUAUCAGUGUUCCAAUAACCCCUCAAAUUCAGCGUGUACAUGGUCCCAUUCAUCAAUCACAGAAAUCCAUCAGUUUUCAUUUGUAUACAUUUCCACCAAAUGCAUACCAUGUCGUAUCACAUCUGUCUGUGUUUUGGCAUUUGCCCCAAUGUCCAGACAUUGAGUUUAAAACUCAUUCUCCUUUCAAAACUGUUCAGAUAUUUCUUCUCCUUUCAUUCUCAUAGUGAUGGCACUAGAUCAAGAUUUUAAUUAUGCUCACUUGGUUAUUACAAUAUCCUUUAAUUGGGAUCCCUAUUCCAAGGUUGUUUCAAUCCUUCAUACACUUGGCUGUCAGAUUCUGAAAGCACAGUUUGAUCGUAUCACUCCCUGAUCAGGGGUUUUCAAUGACUCAUCUCCUUAUGCAUAUUUUUUGUUGAAAUGUUUUCGUUCAGUAGCAGACCAUUUUCUUCAAAUAAAAUCUCUUGCAGACACCCCUGACUCCUCCUCUCCAAAAAAGCAGAACCUCUGUAGUUGAAGUAAAGAUGAGAAUGUCACCAGUCUCCCACUUUUUAAGUCUCAGGGUGCUGCAUUUGAAAUGUCCAUGGAUCUCAGAGGGUUUUGAGGACCACAUUUUCAAAAACACUGUCCUAACUCACUUAGUUCACAUUGCUCUUCUUUUUCAUUUCUUUUUUGUGUUCCCAUAAGUUAGAUAUAAUUUUGAACAAUUCAGGAGAGAAUUUUUUUGUUUAAAUCUUACUUUAUUUAAAUGUAUUUAGAAAACAAACUAUUUGAAUAUUGAUUACCAUAAACAUUAUUACAAUAAACUCUUUGCCUUUCCCAAAACCCAAAGUUGCGAUACCUUAGAUGACAUUCAAAUUGAAAAUUCCAGCUAAGUUUUUUGUUUGUUUGUUUGUUUUUGACUUGUGUCAUGUUUAUUUCUAAAAUUUUUUCUUUAAAUCUUACUUUCUCAAUUUUAAAGAUUUAGUCUCUGAUACGUUUACAAAAAUCAAUUUGAUGUAAGCAUUCAAAACCUAAAUAUUGAAUAUCACUUAAUUUUAUUUUGUCUUUGUUUACUUCCAUUAAUAUUUCUCUCCUUCCCUCUUGUCGCCCUUCACAUCACUCACUCCCCCGCCCCAUACUGGCAAAUAUCAGUAUAGUCCCCAAGGCAAGGAACUUCUAUUCAGACUAUGAAAGGAAAUGUUGAAAUCCUUAGCUGUCCUGUCAACAGUAGUGGGAUGAAAAGUCGUUAGAUUAUUUUGGCAGUGGUUCUGAAGCAGGCACUAUUGGCAAAUUAUUAUAAUAUUACUCCCUAAAAAAUCCCCGUAUGGUUCAAGAUAGUGGCAUUUGCUGGCAGAAGCCUCUGAAAUGUCCAGCACAUUCUUCUGCGUUACCAUUUAAGGAUUGCUCUGACAAUUAAGUUCUCUCUGCACAUUUGUCCCUCUUGUAACUGAAGCCAGCCUGCUUCCAGAUGUCCUCCUAAAGGACACAGUGCAGCAUCAUCAAUAGGAGCUGCUAGAAAGGAUGAAAGGAGGGAGAUAUUUCUUAUUCUUGAGACCCAGACUAUAACAAUAGGAUAAGCAUUUAGUGGAACCAAAGCUGUUUCAUGUGAAGAAGUGAACUCAGAGUUGACAUGAGAACUGUCUUUACCCUUCAUGGGGACUGUCAGAUAAGAUAUUCCAUUAACUGAUAAAUGGGACCUAGAAGGCAGGAUUAUGACCAGAGUGUGAGAGGAUUCAGGAAUUUGGAUAGCAGUUCAAGAUAAGAAAGAACUUCUUUACAGUUAUAAAUGUCCACUGAUACAAAAGGUUGUUUUGUGAAAUACUGAGUCCCCUCUUCACUGAACAUGUUCCAGAAAAGAUAAAGUGGAUGUUGUAAAAGGCAUUGCUGUAUUGUAAUAUCUGGAGAAAAGAAAUAAUCAUUUAAGGCUAGUGAUCUUAUAAGUCUUUAUAUAAUUAUUGCUAAUGAUCAGCUAUUUAGACUUCUUCCUCGCCUUGGGGAAAAGCUGAAUCAAUCACAUGAAACCAUGAAAAAUUAACUUUUCUAAUGUUUAAUUUUGUCUUCUCCAAAUUGGAGACAAUGAUUCUAUUUCUGCCUGCUUCCUAAAGAUCUUCUUCGGGCUCAAUAAAAGGAGGUUAAAUUAUUUUAUUAAAUGUAAAGCACUGAAUACCUUUCUAUAGAAUGACGUGACUUCUAUAGCAUGGCAUGGAACUCAAUUCAGUUCCUCCAGGAGUUGUCUCCUGGUCACCAUGGACCUACUGACUACAAUUUUCUUAGCUUCUUUUUCCUUAUGAACAACUGGCAGCCAGAAUCCUGGGAACCUUCAUAUAUACCUGACUUUCUUCUUCAGACAGACAUCUGAAAUGUCCACUUACAUUUCCCAAAGGAACACUGUAAAUUUAACAGUGAACAGGAUAGACACAAGAGGCAUUAAAUACUAUCACCACAAAAAAAUCAAGCAACCCACACUUAUGACUUCAUGGAGAGUUCCCAGUGACCAAUGGACUGAAGAAAAAAGAAAAAAAGAGUUGAGUCUGUUUUACAGAUGAUUUUGCUGCAUCACCCGAA